CUAAAAUUUACGAGUUGGGCUGUGCAAGCAAUAAACAAACAAUUUGGGUCUCUCUUCAGUCUUCAACAAGCUUUUAAGUAAUCAAACCAUAUUCGACGGCGAGGGAAAUCUCUACAUCCGCACCAAAAAGCUCAUAAGCUCUACGGCGAGGCCUUCGUUAAUGUCCGCAAGAGGAUAAUCAUCUCCAUCUACGAGCUAAGUGUUGUUCUGUCUUGGGAGGGCGAAGCCAAGGAUUCUGAAAGGAAAUCGUACUGUCGAAAUUCCCUAUAUUUCAGACGAGAAUUCUUACACGUUGGUGUUUGUUGCAGGUCUGACUCACUUUUGAUGAGCCCAAACCUGGAGUUAUAUUGGUUAAGCUGAGCCACAGUGACGUACCACAGAUAUGGGAAUGAAAAUUUAAUGGAGAACACCGAGAGAGGUUGGCGAGAUCUCAUUUUUCGCAAGAUUUGAGCUGUAUUAGGGUUUGGUCUCUUUGACGUGAUCUGAGUAUCAUUGUAAACCUGAGUGGAACCAACCCAAAAACAUUAGCUCUGUACUCCCACCUCCACUUGAUGGCUGAAGUUAUGGGUUCGGAGAUUGAAACAGUUGAGCAAAGGUUGAAAUCAUUUCUCAGUCAGCUUCAAUCGGAGUUUGGCAUUCUCGAUCGAAUUGUGUACAAAAACAAGAAUCAACACAGAAGAUGCUCUUACUUUCAGUACCUGAUGAAGGUGAGAAGAGACUUAAGACUUCUCAAAUCAGCAAAUCCAGAGGAGAUUUUCAGUGCCUCAUUUGAUGUCAUCCAUGGAAAGAGGCCUAAGCAAAAGGUGCAGCUUCUAGAAAGCCUGAAGAGGAGAAGAACAAACAGUAACAAGCACAACUUUUUGGAUCGGCUCCUGGGAGUUGCUCACCUGUUGUCACAGAUGACUGAGCCAAUGUUGAAGGCAGCAACGCAGGUAUCAACUCUUCUUGCUCGAUCAUUUUUCAUGGGGUUCUCGUUGACAGUGUUGGCUUUGUUGGCGCGAAUCAGAGUUUUGGUUCAGCAAAUGCUUCUAGAUGUUGUUUUUGUAUUCAACCGUGUAUCCUCUCUUUCUCAAAAGGAACAAGCAGUUAGGUUAACUCAAGAACGAUUUGAGGUUUUUAGGGAAUAUUAUCCCGCAAAGCAACAGCCUACUUUCCUAGAAUGCAUUUGGGAGACUGAUAAGUAUAGAUUAAUUGAGAAGAAAGGUGCAAGUGAGGUCGAAAACCAGGAAAAGAAAAUCAAAGAAGAUGCUUGUAUUGAAACAUCAAAGAUUAAGUACCAAAGUGUAGAGAUUUUCCUAGGAGAAGACGAAUGUGAUAAGACUGUCCCCGGUGAAGUUAAUGUAGAAAGAUCAUCUUCCUUGAAUAAAAAGACUGUCCCCGGUGAUGUAGAAAGAUCAUCUUCCUUGAAUAAAAAGGAUAAGAGUUCCCUGUCGAGUCCUAUCCCUGAGAUUAAUGAUGAUGAGGCUCAAGUUCCACCAGGUUCUGAUAUUGCGGUUUCUCCUGACAAGAGUAUUGUUUCUACUGGAAUGCUUAAGAGUGAUGCUGAAGUGAAAAUCAAGCCUAAAGCAAAGCGUAAUGUUGCAUUUGUCUCGAUAAAAAGACCUGCUCCUUCAUUGUCAUCUGUGAAUGAACCAGGACAUUGCCUUCAAGGAAAUGAAAAGGGUGGUUCUUCAACUACAGAAGAAGACCCAUUUUUCAGUUUACUUACCGGAGGAAACAAGAAUAGUACUUUGUUUUAAUUAUUUUUCACUGGGAAUCAAUCCUAAACCCUAAACUGUUAAAACCUUGUCUUAGGAAGUUUUCUGAGCUUGAAACUUGAUAUGAGCACUAAUGGCUACAUGGUUCCAGAUUGUGUGCUACUUCCUAGGGCUACAACAUUUGCAGUUGUAAAGUUUUCUGAGAUGGGAUGGCUGUUUAGGGAAGUUUUGUGGUAGAUUCUGGGGAGUGUUGCUUUGUUCCCAGUUGAGGAUUUAGACACUAGUGGACUAACAUUUUGUCAUUUUUGUGUUGUUUUGCUUGUUGAGCUUCCAGAGUAAUUAUAAAUAGCUGGUACUUCUUGAAGCAAUGCAAUGAAUCUCACAUUGUUGAUUUCUGCUACAGCAAA